AGCUGGGCAAGCGGGCGCCGUGCACCGCCACGCAAUACUGUUACUUGCAGAGCAGCGAAAAUAACAUCUGCGACCGAGCAUCAAUCCCACGUGAAGCGCUGGCAUCGCUGGUGCCACUGCUGCCCAGCACACCCAAGUAACCCAAAAGCAGCUCGCUGCUGGCAUUAGCAGCGGCGCGAGCGUAUCGCUGGCAACAACGAACGAAACAAGGAUGAAGUUCGUCUCCUUAUUAAGUGGAGGCAAGGACAGCGUAUUCGCGACCACCGAAUGCGAGCGCCACGGCCACGAACUCGUCUGCGCCGCGCACCUAUCGCCGCACAACGACGCGGACGAGCUCGACAGUUUUUGUUUUCAGAGCGCGGCCCAUAAUGUGGUCGAAGGCGUCGCCGCAUGUUUGGGUGUGCCUUUGAUACGACGGACCUGGGACGGCAGAUCCAUCGAUCAAAGUCUGAACUACACGGUAACCGAAGGCGACGAGGUCGAGGAGCUGUACGAACUGCUGCGGGAAGUUUUACGAAGGCAUCCGGACGUUACCGCAGUGUCGUCGGGCGCUAUUUUGUCCACGUACCAACGCACAAGAGUGGAGGCGUGCUGUCAGCGCUUGCAGCUGACGUCGCUCGCGUACCUGUGGCAGCGGCCCCAAAGACAGCUCCUGAAGGACAUGAGUCGAUCCGGCUUGAAAGCGAUCGUCGUCAAGACCGCGACGUUAGGUCUCGAGCCGGAGGAUCUGGGAUUGCAACUCAUGGCGCGAGCGACGCGUUCCAGGUUCGACGACCUGCACGACAAGUACAAGUUUCAUGUGUGUGGCGAGGGCGGCGAGUACGAGUCUCUUGUCUUAGAUUCUCCACGCUUUGUCACGAAGAGAAUUGUCCUCACGAAGACGGAAACACUAAGACUAGAUGAUCAGCCGAGUGGCUGCGGCGCGGUAUCACUACUCAAAGUAAUAGAGUGGGCCCUCGAAGACAAGACUGAGACGGUGAGAGAAGAGGUCUCCUCUGACGAUUCUGACGGAGACACGGUCGACGACGUCGCCUUCACUGAAGAGACGCAUGAGCCCGUGAUACUAGAAACGGACGUGCGCGGCGUCUGUGCGGGUCGAUCGUGUCGAUGUUCCCGCGGCGACGUUGGACGAAGGAUCGCGGCAGUUGGAGGUAAUUUGCCUUCAGAACGCGGCGACGCGGCCGCGCAGCUCGCGAACGCUCUUGACGAGUGUGACAGCGCGUUACGCACGAACGGUUUUGAUGGAUUGGGCGACGUCUUCUUCGCGCACUUGUAUUUGAAAGAUUUGAGCCAAUUCUCGGCCGUCAAUACAGUGUUCGAGGCCGCCUUUUCCAGUAGUAGAAGGGUCCCGUCGCGUUCUUGUGUCCAGGUCCCCCUACCUAUGGGUGUCGAGUGUAUCCUAGAUGUGGAGGCCACUACUGCCACGAGAUCUACAUUACACGUCCGGUCGCGGUCCGAGUGGGCGCCGCAGUGUCUCGGCCCUUACUGCCAGGCCAAUACCCUGAUCAAGGGUAUUACUUUUGCGGCCGGUCAAGUUCCGCUCGAUGCGCCGACCAUGACCCUAUCUACCGAAGGCGCUUCUCUGGCUCUGAGGCACGCCCAGCAAAUACUGACCGCUUCUUCAUGUUCCCUCAGGCACGCAUUGUCGAUGGUGGCGUACACUAUUACCGGAUACGACCACCGCUACGUUCUCAGAGCUGCCGAGAGGUAUAAUUUGCGGCCCGACGCGAUACUAUGCGUAAAGGUUCCCGCGUUGCCGGCGAACGCGCCGUGCGAAAUCGAAGCAGUAGCAUACAAGGAGCCGGUCCACAUCUGGCGCGACGCGGCGAAGGAGGCCGGCUGCGUUAUCUAUCUCCGCUGCUGCUUUGUGCCGCGAGGGUUCUGCGCGUCUCUCGUUCGCGUCUGCGCGCCGCGGAAAAAUGAGGAACAAAAGCUGGACCUGGCGACGUGUCUCGGUGCUUUAGUGGGAGGCGCGCAUCUGUCUCUGGCAAAGGCCGGGCUGCGCGAGGAGCACUUCUGCCGGUUGCGCGUGUUUAUUCCAGAAGCGAUGAGCUGCGCGGCGGUGCACGCUUUGUUGGAGGAUCUGCUGGAGGGGGAAGACGUGGACCCGCCGGCUGUCACGGUCGUGCCCGUCUUGUCCUUAGAGCCGGGCGUCGCGCUCGCGGCGCAGGUCAUUGGCGGGGACCUCGGGGCGGCGGAGGCGGACGCGUGGCUGAGGGGCGGCGGCGGCGAUUCUGCGUAAGUUUUUGUUGGUUGUUUA